CAGCACCACAGCUUAUUUGAGGAUGGGAGCUGCAAUUUUUUGCAUAGGAUUCACUUAAAGCAGAAUGCUCAUUUUUCUGGCUGCUCCCCAUUGCAUCAGGGACAUAGUGUGGAGCUAAUCCAGGGAGGCGCCGAGGCGCGAGCUGUAUUCAGAGUCAGCCACCUGCUUAGGAACAUCAAGCGGCAGAAAGAGCCUGCUUCAGCACAAACCUCCCCUGUGCAUUCCAGAGCAGCGGCUUCCAGCAGGCUCUCCCUCCUCUGCCUGACUCUGCAUGAGGCCUCCAAAGGGGUCAGCACCUGAAGACAGACCCUGUCAGCACAGGAAUGCUCUGAGCCUGGCAGUCCCUCUGCCCAGGAGCUGCCAGAUAUUUGGGACAGCUGCGAGGUGGAAUUAAAUCACGUGGGUGAAGAGUGGCCUAAUCUCUACAUAGGCAAUAUAUAGCUUCUUUACCAAACGGAGGAAAACGAAAAGCUGUCUCUGAUACAGCCUGAGUGCAUACAAAGGAGCAGCAAGAUGCUUCACACCAGAGACUCUUCAUCACUGACUAGCAGCACUUCCUAUGAAACUCCAACAAUAUCAGAUCUCCAGAAGCUCCUGUGGCUCAGAGGAGGCUCUGAUAAUCACGUGGACCAAGUCUGGCCAAAUGUCUUCCUGGGAGAUGCGUGGGCUGCUAGGAGCAAAACUAUACUUCAAGGCCUCAACAUUACUCAUAUCCUUAAUGCAGCAGAUGGACCAUACAGCAUCAACACAGGACCCAAGUAUUAUGCAGAUCUGCAAAUAGAGUACUAUGGAGUAGAAGCAUUUGAUGAUCCUUCCUUCGAUUUAAGUAUCUUCUUCUAUGAUGCUGCCAAUUUCAUAGGCAAGGCCUUAAACUCUUCAGGAGGUAAGGUCCUCGUUCAUUGUGCCAUGGGAGUGAGCCGCUCAGCAACUUUAGUGCUUGCCUUUUUAAUGAUCCAUGAAAACAUGACACUUGUGGAUGCUCUGAAGACAGUGAGUGCUCAUAGAAACAUCUGCCCGAAUUCGGGGUUCCUCAGCCAGCUCCGGAACUUGGACAUUAAACUGAAUGAAGAGAGGAAAAGAACCAGGGCAUCUGCUACCAGAGGCCUGUGAGACAGUAUUGCUGAAAGAAAGAGGACAAAAUCUUGUUUGAGUCGCCUGUAUCUCUUAUAGGUGAACUGCAUUUAUAAAUUUAGGACACAAGUUUAAGAGACACCAGGACGCAUGUUAUUAAUAAAAAUAGAUUUUGCUUGAUCUUUCAAUUUUGCAAAGCCUUCCUAGAUUAAUAUUUGUGGUUGGUUGGUCUAUCCUUCACUCUCCACCUUAAAACAUUGCUGUCUGCUAGUUUAAAAGGGAGGGAAAAAAAAAAAAAAAAAAAGAGAGAGAGAGAGAGAGAAAGAGAUCAGGUUCCACUUCAGAAAUAGCUGUGUUUCAGCAACUAGUGAAGCUCAUAUCACUUUAUGAAGUGUUAGGCUAUUUGAGGUGAAAGAUGCCAUAUUAUUUAUGCUACAGUAAUGCUUAGAAGUUUUCUUAUGAACCCGCUCCCCACCCCUUCACUCCCUACAUCUCAGAGGGUUUGUAUUUUUAGACUUGAAUCUGGCACUGGUUAGUUUUUGCUUUUACGAUUGGUGGAGCUCCUGAGUUGGGGUAAGAGGCUGUUUAAAAGGCAGAGCAGCUGGGAAACAACAUAAGCCACUCUAAGAAACUAUUCUAGGUAUCUCUAUAGGCUUUUCCUUUUGGCUGUUCAUCAGAGCUUUUGUCCUUCAUGAAAAUACAUUUCCUUGAGAGGGCAUUCAAAUAUAGUUCAUCUUCCACACAAAAAAUCAACCAGGAAAUUCUGCAGAAAAUGCUUCUAAGGAAGAAGGUGGGUUCCCAGCUAAGGCUAGUGCAGGAAAAUAUUUGACAAAGCUCAAUGUAUCCCAAAUUUGUCUGGCAGUUCAAAACUACAAAACA